UUUCAGCCAUGGCGACCUAUGCGAAGAUUUUAGUGCUAAUGAUAGCUACUCUGCUAUUUGUAGGAGAGAUACAAUUUAGCUCCUCACAUAAUUGUGGGUGUGCCCAAGGACUGUGCUGCAGCAAAUUUGUCUACUGCGGAACCAGUCAAGCUUAUUGUGGGUCGGGUUGUCAGCAGGGCCCAUGUACUUCUAAUCAUACGCCUUCGCCAUCCCCUUCUUCUUCAACGGAAUAUCCUUGUGCGAGUGGAAAGCAAUACUAUGGACGGGGUCCUCUUCAGCUGACCGGUGUUUGUUUGUUUCAUACGAAUUACAAUUACGGAGAAGCGGGAAAAUAUUUCGGACUUCCGCUGCUGAAUAAUCCAGAUUUGGUUGCCCAGCAACCAGACGUUGCUUUCAAGACUUCACUUUGGUUUUGGAUGAUCAACAGCAACUGUCACAACGCCAUGACUUCCACCGGCGGAUUUGCUGACACGAUAAAAGCCAUCAAUGGUGGAGAAUGCGAUGGUGGAAAUCCAUCGGCUGUGCAGAGUCGAGUGAGUUCGUAUCAGAAAUUCUGUGGAUGGUCGGGUGUCGCCACCGGUCCCAGCCUCUCUUGUUAG